AUGGCUCGCUGCCGCUGCCACCUCCUCCUCCUUGCCCUCUUUCUUGCCUUGACUGCUGCUGCUCCGGAGCAGGCGCAGAGUCAUGGGGAAGCCUCCGCCGUCUUCAUCGAUGCCGCGUCGCACCGCUACCUGCGGGACCAGCAAGGCGACCACCAGGACGCUUCAAUGUCGUUAAAUGAAGUUUCUGCGGCUGUUUCUGUCUUGCUUGGUUUUGCACCGUCAACCUCGCUACCAGCGAUUUCUUCUUCGAAGUUGAACAAAGUGCUUCGUCCUAACCCAUUUGAUAGACCACGUGCUGUUUUCCUUGUGCAAAUUGCUGGGUCCGAUGCCUCAGCUCGUAGCUUCGUAUCUGAAGGCAACAACAUUUUCAAGACCAGGAUUGAAGGUGCAAACAGCGCUGAUGCAGGGUUUUCAGAUACGGAUGAUUUAAUUGUCAUUCAUUCAGAUGAAUCUCUAGAUCUUUCUCGAUCAGAUUAUCUUGAUAAUGAACUUUCUAGCUUGGCAAACUGGUUGGAGGGAUCUUAUCAGAAGUCUAGUGGCAAACUAGUCAUUCCCUUGGAGAGUGGAAACAGUCUCACUUUGCUACUUGAUAAGGAAGCAGACAUGGAAUUUGUGUCCAGCUUGGCUUCCCUUCUUAAGACUAUUGAAAGGGCAAUCCAGGUUCACGAAGAUUUCUCAGGUGCCGUGAACCCUGCAGAGCUACUAGAAUGCCACUUCACAGGGAUAAAGGCUCUGGAGAAUGAAUACGGUUCCACUGAAAUUGUUAUGCAGGCAACCAAAAUAGUUCAGAGAGCUGUCACCAAAUCAUUCCAGUCCCUACAUGAAGCAUACAAAGGGAAAAUUGUUGGGUUGAUAAUAUCCACAAAGGAGUCUUCAUCAUCCUUAGGAUCCAUAAUUGACACACCUUCUUCACUGCACAUUUCAAGACGGCUAGAAGAAGCAAGCAAGACAAAAGAAGCCUCUGUGGCACUUGUUAGAAAGAGUUUGGCAUGGAUUACAGGGAUCAUCCUGCUUGUUUCAACUCUCAUAGGGAUUUGCUUGCUUAUGAACAUGCCACUUACCAGGGACACCCUCCUGUACUCGAACGUCAAGAUUGAUUAG